GUCCCCAAAGAAACAGGGAUUAUAUUGCUAAGUAUAUAAGGUCUGAUAGUUCAGUAUUAUUCCACUCAUACGAACUCGAGCAGGCAGACGAAUAGGAACAAACCGUUAAAAUGAAAGCGAGCUUAAUUGGAAUAAUACUUUUCUAUGCGAUAACCGCUUUUGCGCUGCCAAUUGAUGAGUCAACCACAUUGGAAACUUCAACUAUUGAGACAACAACUGCAGAAACGGACACAACCGAGUCAUCAGCAUCUGCAACAACAGAAAUUGAAACCACCUUCGAACCACCUGUUUUUUGUGAAGAUGGUGUCCAAUUUCUGCCAGCGCCAAAUUGCGAUCAAUUCUACAUGUGCGCAUAUGGAAUAGGAUUUUUACACUCAUGCCCCAACGGACUCUACUGGGAUCCCUCGCUAGACAUUUGCAAUUGGGGCUCAGAACAUUGCGAGUCAACAUCUGCAGAAACGGACACAACCGAGACAUCAGCAUCUGCAACAACAGAAAUUGAACCCACCUUCGAACCACCUGUUUUUUGUGAAGAUGGUGUCCAAUUUCUGCCAGCGCCAAAUUGCGAUCAAUUCUACAUGUGCGCAUAUGGAAUAGGAUUUUUACACUCAUGCCCCAACGGACUCUACUGGGAUCCCUCGGUAGACAUUUGCAAUUGGGGCUCAGAACAUUGCGAGUCAACAUCUGCAGAAACGGACACAACCGAGACAUCAGCAUCUGCAACAACAGAAAUUGAACCCACCUUCGAACCACCUGUUUUUUGUGAAGAUGGUGUCCAAUUUCUGCCAGCGCCAAAUUGCGAUCAAUUCUACAUGUGCGCAUAUGGCAUAGGAUUUUUACACUCAUGCCCCAACGGACUCUACUGGGAUCCCUCGCUAGACGUUUGCAGCUGGAGCUCAGAACAUUGCGAAAACGAUCCGUCUGUCCCUGAAUCGCCGGAAUCUGAUUGCUCCUGGGGAAAUCAAUUUUUGCCCGAUGAAUCCGAUUGCACCAAAUACAUUCAGUGCGUUUAUGAUAUUGGAAUUUCAAUGAAUUGUCCACCAGGUCUAUUCUGGAACCAACCACUUCAGAGAUGCGACUAUGAAUGCGAGUUUUAGAAAAUCUCCGUAAAACGAGAGAGUUUUGUUAAAUUUGCAAAAUAUAUUCAUCAAUAAUAUCAAAA